CAUGAUCGACUCAGUCUGCGUGCUUCUGUUUGUGUGUGUGUGUGUGUGUGCACAACAAAUGCGAAAUUUGCCGGUUUUCCGAACGACCUUUUAACGUAAUACUCUCUGAAAAUGUCUUUUAGGGAGAUUAAGAGGAAAGGUGACGAGCUGAGUCUCGUUCCAGUGGCAAAAAAGUCCAGGAAUGAUGUUGUCGCAAUCCACAGUCGCGAAAAGAGUGUCGUCCAAGUGCCCCGGACGUCCAACCUGCAAGCUCCUAUUAUGUUGUUGGAGGGGCAGCUAGGAGAGAUCUAUUCCAUCAAGUUCCACCCUGAGGGGUCAUAUUUAGCUUCUGCUGGAUUUGAUAGACAGAUAUACAUUUGGGGUGUUUAUGGAGAUUGUGAAAAUGUCUCUCUGAUGAGUGGGCACAGCGGAGCAAUCAUGGAGCUCCAUUUCUCGACUGAUGGCAACACAAUUGUCACUGGAAGCACAGAUUCAACAAUAGGAUUGUGGGAUCUGGAGUCAGGGAACCGCAUCAAGAGGUUGAAAGGCCACACCAGCUUCAUCAAUUCCUGCAACGUUUCAAGAAGAGGAUUAUUACAAAUUUGCAGUGGGUCAGACGACUGCUCAGUUCGGAUUUGGGAUCCUCGCAAAAAGAAUGUGUGUGUGUCAUUAAAUAGUACAUACCCUGUCACAUCAGUGUCAUUUAAUGACACAGCUGAACAGGUUUUCUCUGGAGGAAUCGAUAAUGAUAUCAAGGCCUGGGAUCUUCGCAAAAACAGUGUUCUGUACACCCUUAAAGGCCACAGUGAUACUAUUACUGGAAUGUCACUGUCCCCUGAUGGAUCUUAUCUGCUUUCCAAUUCUAUGGACAAUACUCUCCGUAUCUGGGAUGUUAGACCUUUCGCACCUCAAGAACGUUGCGUUAAGAUCAUCACAGGACACCAACACAACUUUGAAAAGAAUCUUCUAGGAUGUGCAUGGUCGCCUGAUGGAUCCAAAAUAUCUGCAGGAUCUGCUGAUCGAUAUGUGUACAUUUGGGACACAACUUCAAGGCGUAUUUUGUACAAGUUACCCGGACAUAAUGGCUCGGUUAAUGAUGUUGCCUUUCAUCCCAAAGAACCGAUUAUUGCAUCUGGUUCGAGUGAUAAGACUAUAUAUUUGGGAGAAACUGAAUAAACCUGAAAACUUUGAUUUUGUAUAUAUCUUUUUAUGAAUGUACAGUAAGUUUGUAUUAUAAAUUUGACAAAGCUGCUCUUUCUUCCCUGGGCUCAGAGAUCAAAUAUUCAUAAUACCUUCAUUUAUACUUACCGGUAAUUGCUUGACUCAGGUAUCAAUAAAUACUGAAAAAUCCAAUUUAAA